AUGACGCAAGAAUACGCGCCCAAGCACUUCAAUGUCAGCUUCCCAGCCAACCGCCCAUAUGUUGCCCAUGUCGAAAUCAACAGAGCAGAGAAGAUGAACUCAUUCAUCGAGGCCAUGUGGCUCGAGAUGGGUCAGCUCUUUGACCGACUUUCCGACGAUUCCAACGUACGCGCAAUCGUCCUCAGCGGUGCAGGUGAUAAAGCAUUUACCACGGGUCUCGAUGUAAAGGCUGCGUCCCAGGGUAACGUUCUCUCCUCAGAAGAAACAGGACAGGAUGCGGCGCGCAAGGCCACAGCAUUUCGUCGCCAUAUCGCCGAGUUCCAAGGCUGCAUUACUGCUGUUGAGAGAUGCGAGAAAUCCGUUAUUGUCGCUAUGCAUGGAUACAGCUUUGGUCUUGCGAUCGAUUUGUCUACAGCGGCGGAUGUACGAUUAUGCUCGCGGGAUGUGAAAUUCUCAGUGAAGGAAGUGGAUAUUGGCCUUGCAGCUGAUAUUGGUACAUUAAGCCGACUGCCGAAGGUUGUUGGAAGCUUUGGGUGGGUGAAAGAGGUGGCUCUAACAGCGCGGGUCUUUGGCGCUGAUGAAGCGCUGCGUGUUGGAUUUGUAAAUGGCGUUUACGAGGACAAGCGGGAGACUGUUUCUGCGGCUCUGGAGAUGGCUUCUCUUAUUGCGAGUAAGAGUCCUGUUGCAGUUCAGGGAACUAAGGAGAUCUUGAAUUGGUCGCGCGAUCACUCAGUGCAGGAUGGGUUACGCUAUACGGGAGUGUGGAAUGGCGCGGCUUUACAGACUAAGGAUGUGGCCUCUGCCCUGCUGUCAGGGAUUCAGAAGCGAAAACCUACGUUUGAGAAGCUUUAA